AUGGAACUCUCACUCUAUGCUACCUCAAAUUUUGGAGUUGAAAUAUCAACACUCCCCAAACCCGGACGAGAGCGAAAUGCCUGUGUUAAAAUCGACCCAGAUGGCUUCUUCAUCAGACAUCCACCAGCCCCUCAUCAACUAGACGACUUUACGACUUCAGAUGACAAACUAUUUCAGACUAUACAUAUGGGCGCUGCUAUUGUUGAUACCGAAAAGUGGUUGCUUGUGGUCGAUGGCAUGGUUCGGAAUCCUUUCGCUCUCACAAUGGAGCAACUCUUGAAACUCCCUCAAACAACAGUCACGGCGUUCCACGAAUGCUACGGUAGCCCGUUAAAGCCUCCAACGGAUGCAGUAUGGCGCAUUGGAAACGUCCACUGGACUGGUGUGCGUCUGGCUGAUAUUCUAGCCAUGGCAAAACCUAGCCCAGAGGCUGAAUACGUAUGGUCUGAAGGACUGGACUACGGGACGUUUGCCGGCGUGACAGCAGAUCGGUAUCAAAAAGAUCUUCCAAUCAAAAAGGCUCUCGGGUCAGAAGUUCUCCUCGCUUUCGAGAUGAAUGGCCACCGGCUCAGCAAAGAGAGAGGAGGACCCGUUCGACUUGUCGUUCCUGGGUGGUUCGGAACAAACAUGACCAAGUGGAUAUGCCGGUUGAGUCUACAGGGCAAGAGAGCACCUGGGCCAUACACGACUGUGUUCUAUAACGAGAUUGAUCCAACAAAUCCUAGUGGGAGCUGGAAGAGACCUGUCUGGAGUGUAGAGGUUAACUCAAUUAUUACUUCUCCGGCCCCGGACACAGUGGUUUCUGGAUCCGAGGUAGUGAUUGAAGGCUGGGCCUGGUGCCAUGAGCCUGUGGUGCGCGUUCUCGUCACUACAUCCGCGGAAGAGUUAUGGACGGAUGCCGUGGUGAAGCCUAGGGAGGGGUUCAGUUGGCAGAGGUGGAGAGCGGUAUUGACGUUGACACAAGGCGAACAUGUCCUGGUCGCGAGGGCAGUCUCUCAAUCUGGCACUGAGCAGCCUCUUAGUGGUCGAAGAAAUCAUGUGCAUCGCGUUAGGAUAUGGGUCAAGCCUGAGGCGGGUAUGGAUUGAUGCUCUAGGCUUGGUGUAUUUGAGUCAAAUGCGCAAAGCCGAGGCGAAGACAUCACCGAGUUGCAAGGC